CAUCCCAUCAUGGCGCUCGUCCGAUAUUUCCUCUUGCUCUCUUUCUCGAAUCUAUCACUACUCUCUGUGCGGAAACCUCGACUCUAGCCUUUGCGCUCCCUCCCGCUCGUUACCCCACCAGCAAGCCGCUCGUCGUGGUCCGCAGCGAUGAAGAUGUUGCUUAGCUCUUCUUCUCUCCUCUGCGGCGUUCUCGCGACUUCGGCUCUCGUUGGCGCGAGCCCUUUCUCAACAGAGCGCAGCGAAUCCGAACAGGAGGCGUUGCGUCCGGACUUUGUCGAAAAUGCCGUCCAGGACGCCAUCCCACUCGACUGGGAGAAACCGCUGUCUGCCGCAUCGACCGGAAACCACAUUUUUAACAGCGUCAACUCCCUGAUGCAGAGGUUCCCUAACACUUACUGGAGGAACGGUCACACCAUUGUUCCUGCCGUUAUCCCUGCAGGUACCGUGCUAUACCAUGGCCGUAGCGAUGGAAACGUCCCUACUAAGCCUGAAUGGCUCGCUUUCGACUUCGAGCAUUCCUACAUGUUCUGCCGCGGGGAGUGCUACGUUGUCUCCAUGGUCGCCACCCGCGAUCUGCGCCUCGCAUACUUCGAUGGCUCUUCGGCAGCCAAAGUCACUACCGGUGCUAUGGACUCGCAGGAUCUGGUCAUAUGGGGCAAAGUGCUGCCCAACAAAGGGUUCUCGGAGUGGGAGAGGAUUAUUGAGAUGUGUGAGUGGGGGAAGAAGUACGAUAUCGAUGGAAUCGUCAGGAUGGAGCAGCACUUCGAGGUCAUGAUGUGCGACUUCUCCGCAGGUAUGGAGCCCGUCACCGUUCUCAACCUCCUCCCGACCACUCGCGGCGGACGUCCAGGAGGUCCAGGAGGUCCCGGUCGUGGUCCAGGCAAUGGGGGGUCUGAGAAGCCUCGCCCUAUGGCCGACAACGACUCAGACGAGGUCCCUCGAGUGCCUACCAGGGGCAAAGGCCGCCGCCCUCACAAGCACGAUGACGAUCAAGCUCAUUCCUCCACGGGCGAGGAACACCACCACCAUCAUCACGAGGCCGACCAUCCUUUCCACUCUGAGGUUGAGGACCGUCGCCCCCACUUCCGCCCCGAAGGUGAAGAGCGCCGUCCUCACUUCCACUCUGAAGGCGAGGAGCACCGUCCUCAUUUCCACCACUCCGAAGGUGAGGAUCACCGUCCUCAUUUCCAACCCGAAGGCGAAGAGCACCAUCCUCACUUCCACCCCGAAGGCGAAGAACGUCACCCACACUUCCACUCCGAGGAUGAGGAGCGUCGCCCUCACUUCCACCCCGAAGGCGAAGAGCGGCAUCCUCACUUCCACGGCAUGGACGACGGUCCUCGCCCGCACCACAAGCACCACGGCCCUCCCUCCGACGUGUUCGAUAUGGAGAACCCUUGCCACGGCCCUCAUGGCCCUCCCGGCAUCGUAGGCCACGUUUUCCAUUUCUUCCAUUCGGUCUCCUCUUUCUUCGGCUUCAGUCAACCUCCUCACCCUGAGUGGCACCACCGUGGGCCUCCUCCGCCUCCUGGUUUCGGUCGUCGUCCUCCCAUGCACCACGAUAACGACGACGGCCCUUCUCCCGAGGAGUUUGGCCAUUUCUCGGAUAACGAGCGUCCACCCCGUCCGUUCAAGGCUAAGGGCAAAGGUCGUGCUCGCCGCCCGUCUGCACCUCAUGGCGAAGAGUUCUCUGAGUUCGAUCAAGAGCACCGUCAGCCCCAUCCAGAAGGCGGCCGACCUCCUCGCCCGAUGAAAGGCAAGGGCCCCGAACGCCGUCCUGCCCCCGAGCAUGGGCAGGAGUUCUCCGAAUUCGAGCACCAUCAUCACGAACACUUCGACAAAGAUUCCAGUCGUUCCCCUCGUCCUGCCCUGAAGUCUUCCGACAUCGAGCAUCGCCCUGAACAUCAUGAUCACGACCACCAUCGCGCUCCUCUUGAUGCUGCGAACGCUCCUUCCCGCGACUUCCACCAACCUCAUCGUCAUACGGAGGAUCUUACAGUCACUGACGUCGAAGAACUCUCAAACCCCGUUACCGAGGACGCUGAGGAUGUUCCUUCUAAGCCGUCUGAGGAAGGAGGCGAAGACACUCCUCCUUCUGGUCCCGGUGGUCCCGGUGGGCCUGGAGGACCCGGAGGACCUGGAGGCCCAGGCGGGCCCGGCGGUGGACGCGGACCUGGUCGCUGGCCUGAGCCCGCUGAACCUCCUGCAGGAUGGAAAGGCUCCCUUCUCAACGGCGAAUCUGCCCACUUCGAAGUAUUCCAAGCAGGCGCGUGGCACGACCGUGUCCCCGGUGAGACCCGGGUUCGUAUCGAUUACACCGGCCUCGUCACCUUCUACGACUCUUCCCUCACGUCCCUCGUGAAGUCUCGUGAAGGACAGGAUAAGCUUCACCACCGAUUACUCGAUAUUUCGAAGGAGGAUACGGAGAAGGUGAUGUCGGAGCUGGAUGAGGUGUUCUCGAGGGAGUGGCCCGUCACGAAGGAGGCGAACGUUGAUUGGGCCAGCAUCACCAGAGUUAUCGUCGAGAGAUACGGAGACCGCCUGGAGGGCCUGAAGUAUCUUUUGGAGGAGGGUCGCUACGAGGAUGUCGACCAACAGAUCGCGCUCUUCCGCAACCAGCUUCUUCUCAUGCUCAGCCCAUAUAUGGUUACGAGCGCCGUCCCCGAGGUCGACGCUGAUCCUCGUGCCAACACUACAUGGGUUGCUCCCAUCGUCCACUACUGCUCCACCACUCUUACUUCACAUAUCGAUGCCGACUCCCUGACAAGUCAGGAGGUGAGGAUCCUUGGAGCUGUGCAGGAGACGUUGGGUGGUAUUUGCAGCACGCUGGGAAGCAUAUGGGUAGAUACAUUCGAUGUGGAGGAGAAGGAUGCAGAGAGGAAGGAGGAAGUGUUGGCGAGCGCCAGAGAGAAUGUCGCAGACCUCAUGGCGUGGUUGGACUGGUCGAUGUGGAUUAAGUGCGACCCUGGGUGCAGCUUCGAGGAAAUGUGCUGGAUCCCUGCUUGGCCCAACCUGGGUUCUGAUCCUUACGAUAUGACUCCCCGUUGCGUCCGUCGCUUCGCUCCGUUCACCUGGUAAACACGCGAAAUCAACACCCAUUUCCGCCAUACCUAGCCUCUCCGCCUCCCUUUGGUGGUCAACCAUAGGCUCGUAACGCGGGACCGACGAACGACGAGCUUGGUCAACUAGCAUGAUGGACAUUGCCUCGCUUUUGUUAAGUGGUCGGUCCACAUUUCAACUUCUCGGGUUCGUUCCGGUCAUAUCUUGCGAUUUAGUAUGAUAUCCUACGCGUUGGCCUCUUGAUUCCCCUAGACGUCGCGUCAUUAAACGUGCGCGAUGUUUACAUAUUGUUACCUUACGUUUGGUUUCUGUUUCCCGUUCAUGAUUUUCGUUGUUUCUACAGGUUAUCUGUUCUUCGAGCCCACAGGUCUUCUCAAUGUCCCCUUUUGGGUGGGCGCUGUCAAAGGAUCUAUCGAUGGACGGAUUUAUCCCCGACAUUCUUUACCGCUUUGUCUACUCUCAAUUUCCUUGGUCUCCUCCCCGGUCAUCGUCCGGAGCCCGAGCUUCACAUAUGUACCCAUCUACUAGGCUCUUGAGCUCGUAUAUUCGUACUUCGACGCUUGCUGCACUUCUAGUGAUUGACCAAUUAUGCCUCUCCUAUUACCUCUGUAUUCCAGCAUUAUUUAAAUACCGUGGACCAUGGCAUCUGUAGUAGAAUGAUUCGCUUAUAGCGUAUCUUUUGACGCCAAUCCAUUGAUGUGUUUCCC